UGUUCCUAAACAUAUUAACUGAGGAUUUCAUGUUAAUUUGUUAAGUUCACCUUUAUGAAAUUUAUCACUUUAUGUUGUUAGUUCACAACUCUCGGUUGUGAGUUUAGAAUUUUAGUUAACUCUUUGAUAGAGUAAAAUAUAGUUUUAGAAAUACACAUGUAUUGGUUUUCAGUUUUGACAUGUCCUUAGAUAUUCUAUCAUUAUAUGGUUAUUAUUUUGCUCACCAGCAUGGCUCAAGUAUUCUAAGGCUAGGGCUUUGGGCCUCCACUUUAACAAGGCCUCCAAUUUUCUUUUUGAGUUUUUUUUUAUAUAUUUUGGGUUUCUUAAAGCCAUCAGCGGCUACGACUAUGAGAAUACGAAUGGGCGGGUUUCCAGAUUCCAAAAUCAUCCAUUGGAAUAUGAGAAGUUUUAUAUACAUUACAAAAUUUGUCUUGGUGUAUACAAUCAGUGGUGAAUGGCCAAUUUCGCAUAAGUAUGCUAAAGUGAGUUGUCUUUUGAGCAUCAAAAGUUGUAAAAUCAUGUUCUAUAACUAGAGUUUUUUUUUUUUUUUUUUUUUUUAAUAUUUUGAAGCCAACAAAUAUAUUUUAGUUGCUGAUUUUGAAAAUGUUAUAUCGAAUUUGACUUUGAUUUUUACAAGUAUUGUUAUAAUAAUGUAUAUUUAUGCAAAUGAUGCUUGGUUAUCUUAGCACAGUGUUUUUAGGUUUCACAAUUCAGCUUUUAAUCAAAGGGUAUUAUUAAGAAAGGGUAAGGAAGAGGAAAAAAGGAUUACUUGUUUUAUUGUAUAUAGUGAGUUUUUGGGCAUUGAGAUUAAAUCUUUGAAUAAAGGUUUUCACCUAGGAUCUAAGAAGGGGUACCCAAGAAAAGAUGGUUUAGUUAUUUCUACAUGCUUGCAUCUGAGUACGAUCUAUUUGGGCAUGAUAGUUACAUGUACUUAAAUUGUGAUGAUUUUGAAGCGGUUUUUACAUUCACCGAGCUGACAGGUGCCGUCAUCACUUCUUAUAUAAUGUUUCUGUAUGAGCAAAUUAAGAAAGAGCAAAUACAUGAUCGUGGAAUAUGUUUUAUGAACCCGUCUGUAAUUUCGCGGGCUGAUCAACGCAAACCCAAACCCAAACGCAUCGAGGAUGCAAGUAGAGCGGUUGCAAAUCGAUUAUAUAAAAGAAAGGGCAAUGACAUCAUCCUAUUGCCCUACAACCCCGGGUUUGAUUUUCCUUUUAAAUAAGUAUUCGUAAAGGACUAUUAUCUUAAUUUAUUUUGAUUGAAUUUUGGAUUUUGGAUUUUGAAGAAACUAUUGGGUGUUGGCAGUACUAAACCUGAAAACAAGUACUUGCUAUUAUCUUGAUUCCUUACGGCCUAGAAGUGUCGAUGAGCAGUUGAGGCAAAUUAUUGAUACGCAAGUAAUACAAAUUAUCAUAAUGGAUGAUAAAAGAGUUGGAAUAUACUUUGAUAUAAUUUUGAUUUUUUACAGGGCAACGGCCGUGUAUGCUUCAGAAAGUGGUGCCAACAUAAGGGUUAAACUUGUAUGGAUUAACGCUAGGUGUCCACGUCAGCCAGGAGCUACUGAAUGCGGCUACUAUGUGAUGAAGUUCGUGAAGGAGAUAGCUUACGAAGGAGUUGAAAUACUUGACAAUGUUGAUGUUGGGAAAGGAGUAGAAGAAUACUCGGCUGCGGAUAUGGAUGGCAUUCGUGAAGAUUGGUCGACUUAUGUGGUUAACUCUAUUUUUAAGUUAUAAAUCAUAUUUUAGGUGUUGAUAAUGUAUUGACAAACAAUUCUUUUUUCGUUAACCUUAAAAUAUUUGUAGCAUACUUGACAAAUGAUUAUGUAAUGGAUUGUUUUGGUGUA